AUGGCAACCCCUGCUUAUCCCUUUGUAGCCAGCCUUGCUGCCUCCAGCCCCUUGCAAGCUGGUGUUGCAAGCUCUCUGCUUCCCCAGCAGCAGCCCAACUGGAGGGAGAUCGGCACCAGGAAGCUGAAGUUCCCGCGGGGGCUGCUCGGCGCCAUCCAGGACGGGAACCUGCCCCUGGUGCAGCAGCUGCUGCAGGUGGGCGAUGGCAUCCUGCGGCAGCUGGACGAGACCGAGGACCGGGCAUGGCGGGAAGCCCUCAACCUGGCCAUCCGUGCGGGCGGGGAGGAAGUGGCCAAGUCCUUGCUGCGCUACGUCAAAUUCGACUUCCGCCAGGUCCACGAGGCCCUGCUGGUGGCCGUGGACACCAACCAGCCCCGCGUGGUCAAGCUGCUGCUGGACCGGCUGAACCAGGAGAAGGGGCUCAAGAUGGACCUCAGGUCCUUCUCGCUGGCCUUCUUUGACAACACCAUCGACGCCUCCUGCUUCGCGCCCGGCGUGAUGCCGCUCACCCUGGCCUGCGAGAAGGACCUCUACGAGAUCGUGGACAUGCUGAUGCAGAAAGGACACACCAUCUCCCACCCCCACCGCGUCUCCUGCCCCUGCCUGGAGUGCCCCAGCGCCCGCCAGUACGACCUGCUCAAGUGCUCCCUCUCCCGCAUCAGCACCUAUAAGGGCCUCGCCAGCCGCGCCUACCUCUCGGUUGCCAGCGAGGAUGCCAUGCUUGCUGCCUUCAAGCUCAGUCGCGAGCUCAAGCACUUCUCUCACAAGGAGCCCGAGUUCAAGCCCGAGUACCUGCGCCUGGAGCAGCUGAGCCAGGAGUUCGCCUUCGAGCUGCUGGGGAUGUGCCGCAACCGGAGCGAGGUGGCGGCCAUGCUCAACGACCUGGGGGACAGCAGUGAGGAGGAGGGUCUGGGCAGCGAGGAGGACGGUCUGGGCAGCCAGGCCUUCAAGGAGGGCAUCCCCAACCUGGCCCGGCUCCACCUGGCCGUCCAUUACGACCAGAAGAGGUUUGUCGCCCACCCCAUCUGUCAGCAAGCGCUGUCAUCCAUCUGGUGCGGGAACCUGUCCGGCUGGCGUGGCAGCAACACCCUCUGGAAGCUCUUUGUCUCCUGCUCCAUCUUCCUCACCAUGCCCAUCCUGUGCCCGCUCUGCUGGGUUGCUCCCAAGUCCCGGGUGGGCAAAAUGCUGAAGAUCCCCGUGAUCAAGUUCCUCCUGCCCUCUGCCUCGUACCUCUGGUUCCUGGUCUUCCCGCUGCUGGAGCCCGUGGUGCUGGAGCGCAAGCACAAAGACUUCCUGGGCCGGAGCCGGACCUUGUGGGGCAACUCCUGGCACAUGGUCUGGGUGGCAGGCUCCUUCUGGUGCGAGUGCAAGGAGGUGAUCGAAGGGCUGCGCAGCUACCUGCUCGGCUGGUGGAGCUUCCUGGACAUCGUCACGCUCAGCAUGUACCCGGCCUCCUUCGUGCUGCGGGUGCUGGUCUCCGUGCCGGGCCGGUACCGCUGCUGGGACGCCCCCUCCUCGCCCGAGUGCUACUACUUCACCAAGGCCGGCGAGCUCCCGCAGUUCAUGUUCAUCCUGAUGAUCAUCCUCACUGCUUUCCUGUGCGGGCUCAACAACAUCUACGUGCACUACCAGGAGUCCGAGCGGCUGGGCAACUUCAACGAGACGUUCCCGUUCCUGUUCUGGACCAUGUUCGGCAUGGAAGAACACCGCGUGGUGGACAUGCCCCGGGUCCUCGUGGCCCAGUUUGUGGGCCGGGCGCUUUACGGCAUCUUCACCAUCGUUGUGGUCAUCAUCCUCCUCAACGUGCUCAUUGCUAUGAUCACCAACUCCUUCCGGAAGAUCGAGGAUGAUGCCGACGUGGAGUGGAAGUUUGCCCGCUCCGAGCUCUACCUGUCCUACUUCCAGGAGGGCCUGAUGCUGCCUGUGCCCUUCAACGUCAUUCCCACCCCCAAGUCCCUCUUGUACACGGCCAGGGGCGUCAUCCAGUUCGUUUGCUGCUGCAAAGCCAAGAAGCAGCAGGACUGCCCCUCCAUCCCCACCGCUGCUACCUCAGCCCUGGCCGACACCAUCCUGCAGGGAGAGAGCCGUGGCUCCUACAGGCUGCAGGUGCUCAAGGCCUUGGUGCAGCGCUACAUCGACACGGCCAGGCGGGAGUUUGAAGAGAGCAGGAGGAAAGACCUGGGUAACCACAUCACGGAGCUGAACAAGUCCAUGCUAUGCCUGCACGCAGAGGUGGAGCACCUGAGGGAUGGGCUGGCUGCCAGCCGCACCCACGCCAGCCCCCCAGCCGCGGCCAGCAUGCUGCACGGCUACAUCCGCAGGGUCCGUGACACCCUCCACAAGCUCAGCCAGGAUGCGCCUGGCUCUGGGGAGGCCUCGCCUGUCAAGGUGAUGGUGCACCAGGACAGGGCUCCCAGCACCGGGGACACCUGCCCCGAGGACACAACACUGCCUGGGGAGGACAGCCAAGCAGGAGAGCCAGGGCCUCCGGCUCCCUUCCCGCAGGAGGAUGGGGGAAGCUGA